GCGCCGAGACCUCUGGGUAGGUGGCACGGCCCCGCCUCUCGGUUGAAGGCUCUUGCGGCUGCAUCUGAGGUCCUUCUGUUCCCAGGAUGACUACCCUGGUUGUAAACAAGCCAGGUGCGGGACUAGACAGUGGCCGGCAGGGAAGCCGGGGGACCGCUGUGGUGAAGGUGCUGGAAUGUGGAGUUUGUGAAGAUGUCUUUUCUCUACAAGGAGAUAAAGUUCCUCGCCUUCUGCUUUGUGGCCACACUGUCUGUCAUGACUGUCUCACCCGCCUACCUCUUCAUGGAAGAGCAAUCCGUUGCCCAUUUGAUCGGCAGGUGACAGACCUAGGAGAUUCAGGUGUUUGGGGAUUGAAAAAAAAUUUUGCUUUAUUGGAGCUUUUGGAACGAUUGCAGAAUGGACAUAUUGGUCAGUAUGGAGCUGCAGAAGAAGCCAUUGGGAUAUCUGGAGAGAGCAUCAUUCGUUGCGAUGAAGAUGAAGCUCAUGUUGCAUCUGUAUACUGUACUGUGUGUGCAACUCAUUUGUGCUCAGAGUGUUCCCAAGUUACGCAUUCUACAAAGACGUUGGCAAAGCACAGGCGAGUGCCUCUAGCUGAUAAACCUCAUGAGAAAACCAUGUGCUCUCAGCACCAGGUGCAUGCCAUUGAGUUUGUUUGCUUGGAAGAAGGUUGUCAAACUAGUCCACUCAUGUGCUGUGUCUGCAAAGAAUAUGGAAAACAUCAAGGUCACAAGCAUUCAGUAUUGGAACCAGAAGCUAAUCAGAUCCGAGCAUCAAUUUUAGAUAUGGCUCACUGCAUACGGACUUUCACUGAGGAAAUCUCAGAUUAUUCCAGAAAAUUAGUUGGAAUUGUUCAGCACAUUGAAGGAGGAGAACAAAUUGUGGAAGAUGGAAUUGGAAUGGCUCACACAGAACAUGUACCAGGUACUGCAGAGAAUGCCCGGUCAUGUGUCCGAGCUUAUUUUUCUGAUCUACAUGAAACUCUGUGUCGUCAAGAAGAAAUGGCUCUAAGUGUUGUUGAUGCUCAUGUUCGUGAAAAACUGAUUUGGCUCAGGCAACAACAAGAAGAUAUGACUAUUUUGUUAUCCCAGGUCUCAACAGCAUGCCUUCAUUGUGAAAAGACUUUGCAGCAGGAUGAUUGUAGAGUUGUCUUGGCAAAACAAGAAAUUACAAGGUUACUGGAAACAUUGCAGAAACAGCAGCAGCAGUUUACUGAGGUUGCAGAUCACAUUCAAUUGGACGCCAGCAUCCCUGUCACUUUUACAAAGGACAAUAGAGUUCACAUUGGACCAAAAAUGGAAAUUCGAGUGGUUACAUUAGGAUUAGACAGUGCUGGAAAAACUACUAUUUUGUUUAAGUUAAAACAGGAUGAGUUCAUGCAGCCCAUUCCAACAAUUGGUUUUAAUGUGGAGACUGUAGAAUAUAAAAAUCUAAAAUUCACUAUUUGGGAUGUAGGCGGAAAACACAAAUUAAGACCAUUGUGGAAACAUUAUUACCUCAAUACUCAAGCCGUUGUGUUUGUUGUUGAUAGCAGUCAUAGAGACAGAAUUAGUGAAGCACAUAGUGAACUUGCAAAGUUAUUGAUAGAAAAAGAACUCCGAGAUGCUUUGCUCCUGAUUUUUGCCAACAAACAGGAUGUUGCUGGAGCACUGUCAGUAGAUGAAAUCACUGAGCUUCUCAGUCUUCAUAAACUAUGCUGUGGCCGUAGCUGGUAUAUUCAGGGCUGUGAUGCUCGAAGUGGUAUGGGACUUUAUGAAGGGUUGGACUGGCUGUCACGGCAACUUGUGGCUGCUGGAGUAUUGGAUGUUGCUUGAUUUUAAAUGCAGCAAUUGCUCAGAGUUUUGUAGUGAAAAGUUAUUUUGCACCUAACAUGUACGAAAUUCUGUUCUCAAAGAUGAUAAUUUAGGAUGUGUAUAUAAAAAAGAAUCUUGGCUUGGAAAUUCAGUACAUUAUUGUUUUAAAAUUAUUUUAUGGCAAAAUUUAAAUAUCUGAGCAGAUUAGAUCAGCUUAAGUAGAGAUUUCUUGAAUAUACAUUGUUUUAAAUAGUACAUUUAUUAUUUAAGUUUUUCAGAUUAUAUGUGACCCAUAUAUUGGGAAAGAAGUAGUCACAGAGAAAGGGUAAGUGAAGGUUUAUUGUUUCAAUGACAAAAGAAUAGCCAACUGGGUGCCUAAUGAAACCUCUUAGUGAGGUACAGCUGCUUCUUUACCCUGCCUUUUCAUUGAAUUUUGGCAGUAUUUAGUAGUAGAAAUAACACUUGCUUAAUGAAAUAGAAUCUGAACUGCAUAUUUGGGUAAUAGGAUUACUUUACUUUUAUUUUCAGUUGUUUAAUGCUAACAACUAUAAGGUAUAGAAAGUUAAUAUUUUAUACAGUGUUUCAUUAAAACUUUUCUCCUAAAGCAUUUUGUAUAAAACACAGUGAGACACAACAAAAUGUUAUCUAACUGGGCCUGAUUGUCAGAUUAGUAAUAAACUGAAGAACAACUAAUAACAAAACUGUGAAAAAGUUAUUUGAUCUUCACUUAUGAAGGACCCAUUAGUCUUAUAUAUAAUAACUAUGCUUAUGUAUUAUUUCCUUGGUCAGAGAGCUAAAUUGGUCCUUCCAUUUUUCAACAUUUAAAGUACUUGGUAGUGUUUCUUUCUAAAUAAUAUUGCAUCCUUGUGGGUCUGACUAUGGGUAAAAUGUAGUAAGUAACAGAAAACCAGGGUCAGCAUUACGUAAAACGUAGAGACCUUAAUGGAAAACUAACUUUACCUUGAGAGAAGUCAUUUAAAGAAUGGGAAUGCUUAUUACUUUCCCAUAAUAAGUGCAUUUAUCUUGACAAGAGAAUGUGAUCAAAGCUCUUCAUGAUAAAGCCUUGAAAAGCUAUUUAAGAAGAAAAAUAUGUCUAAAGAAGGCAAAGAUAUUUUUAAAAGUUUACAUUUAUUAUUCAGUGUUGUGAGUAAAUAAAAAUUUUGUGCUCUUUAUUGUUUUUCAUUUUUAAAGGAUAUUCUCUUACAAUGGAAGCACGAUUUAUUAUAUUUAAAUGGGUAGAUUGAAAUUUUAUGGUUUUAAAAAUGCUCUUAAACUUUAAGAUAGUUUAAUCAUAAAUCUUAUUAGUUGAUUGGAGAGGACAAUGAUGUCUGACAACAAGAUGUGAUUUUAGGUGGCACUUAUUUUGGUUUAGUCUUUUCAAAAAUAUUUUUGUUUGUUUAAAAAUAAUAACUUUUAGAAACAAAGCAUUAAAGCCCAUCAAUGAUAUGGGCAAAAUGUAAAUAAGUAAAUAUAAGGUUUUGUCCUUUGUUUUCAAGUAAAAGUUUAUGUUGUUACAAGUGUAGUUUGUGUGCAUAAGUAAUAGUUUUGAAUUAAAUUAUUUAAUAUUUGACUGAUUUCAAUAAUUGUGAAAAAUUAAAAAGGUGUUGCAUUUGCUUGUCAGCCCUUAAACUGUUUUCUCUACUAGGUGAUUGGAAAAAAAAAGUAUAACACUAACAUGUGAACUUGCUUCCCUUCUAAGUUAUUAAGAUUAUUUCACCAAUUGAGCUAAGUUUUAAAUUAACAAUCUUAGCAUAUAACUGAAUAUAAUUUAAGAACUGUGCUUAGACCUGAUUAUAAUGUAUAGAUAGCAAUACUGUGUGAUUUUUAUUUUUAAAGAGAUACUUUUCUCAGGCUUCUAUUACUAUUUAUGGUUGUAUUCUUUCACUAAUAAUCAGUUAAGAAUGUGACAUUUCUUGUGAAAUGUCAAAUUAAGGAUGAGAGAGAUGUUUUAAAUACAAUAUUUGUCUCAUCGCUUUGAAUUUCUGUAUUAAGCCUAUAUAUUAUUAUAUGAUUUAUGUAAAGCAAGUUUGUCAAAUGGAUAGCCCUGGUCUAUAAUUCAGCUUCAUAACAGCCAGAAGCUAUUAUUUGCACUACAUACAUGAUCAGUAUAGAUAGCAAUAAAAUGUUAAAAUCUUUUUUAAAAAGUCCUAUUAUUAUUCUAAAAUGUGUUUCUUGAACCAUCUAUCUAGUAUUAUUGCUAGUAAUCCAUUUAAACUGUCAUUAUUUGUGCUGUGCUUAAGAGAAAUAAUAAAACACUAUGAGUGUUUUAUUAAAGCAAAAAUUUAGAAUAAAUUAUUCUGUAUUUGCAAUGUGGGUCAUAUUUAAAUAAGUAAUAAAUCUGUAGUAUUUGUAAGAAGAACUACAACUUUGCAUUGAACAGAGUGAAACUUCAUUUUUUUUAUUGCUUCUUAAAUUUUAAAUGUAACUUUGUUUCAUGAGAGAACAUGGAAUUUUAAAUGACUAAUUUAGAAAAUGGCUUGGAAAAUUUAGCGGUGAUGUAUGAACUAAUAUUGCUAAGAGAAAGGCUUUUUAUGUGGUAAAGAAAUUUGCAAAGUGGUAACAGGAAGGAAGAUAGCUAUAUUCUUCUCUAAAGGAAUAAAGAAUAAAAAGGACUAAUAAGUAUGAUAUUAUAUCUUGAUUUAAAACAUGAUUUUAAAAACUAUAGUAAUAUAGGUUUUUAGGUUAAGGUUAACCUAAUCUGCCAAUUAGGUUAAGAUUUUGACAUAAAUAGAAAAAUGAUUAGUCAAAUUAUUUUUCAUACAGUAUAUUUGAGGGGGGAAAUGAGACAUUGUACCACUUGGUGGCAGUAUUACCAAAAAUUUAGAUCGGUAAGUCUAAACACCUAAAAUUAAGAAGAAAAGGUCAGUGUCACGGUGGAAAGUCAUUUUGUAUCCAACUUUAAGUUCCACUUUUAAAAAGGAGGAUACACUAAUUUAAAGUAGUAGUUUCAUAUAUUCUUCUAUUUCAGAAGUUUUUGGUAAAGGAAAUAAUACUGCUGAUUAAAGCAUAAAAUAUGAAUUCCCUAAACAGGUCUUUUGAGCAUGUUCCUCCUGUAAGUUACUGGAAGACUCUGUCUGGAAACUAGAGCAGUGCUUAAUAGUUAUGAAGUAAGUUAUAAGGGUAAGUGAAGAAGAGAUGAAAUUGAAACAGGACUUUGAAUUCAUAUUGUCUUACUGCUCUAUUUUCUACUAAUAUCUUCAUUAUUAAAUACCAGCACUUUUAUGUAUACUUCUUGAUGGUAUAAUUACUAAAGAAAUUCUAGAAGACAGAAAGAAUUAUUUGGCUACAUCAGAAAAGAAUGUGAAAAUAAAUGAACUUGCGUAUAAAACGAAGGAUUUGGGUAUUUAUUAUGAUUCUUGUAUUUGAAAGAAUACUUAAUAAUUAUUAAAGAAAAAUUGACAAA